AUGACUGAGCUUGUUGAACAGUUCUAUGAUGGAAGAACAUGCAUUUACACUGUGCAUCUGUGUUUGCUUUCAGCUUUCCGGGGAGCUCUAUGGGCUGCUUUGUUAUGGCCCUGCCUCUUUAGCGCCAGCUUUCUGCUUGAGUGUACAGACCAGGACCAGGUCAUCCACCCUUACUGUUUAUCUAUCUCACAAGAGAAGCUGAUGGACAGGGUGAUCCAACAUGCCAAGCUCAUCUACCGUGUCUCAGAAGAGUCAUGUUCUUUAUUUGAGGACAUAUUCGUACCAUAUCCGUUGCGGCUUCAAAGGAACCAAGCGGCAUAUGCAUGCCUUACAAAAGCCAUCCCCAUUCCAAGUUCCAUUGGUGAAGUCCAACAGAUGUCUGACAAAUGGUUGUUACAUUCUGUACUAAUGCUGGUUCAGUCAUGGAUCGAGCCCUUGGUCUACCUACAGACAACACUGGACCGUUAUGAUGGUGCUCCAGAAAUGCUCCUCAACAAGACCAAGUGGAUGUCUGACAAACUUAUCAGUCUCGAGCAUGGAGUGGUCGUUCUCAUCAAAAAGAUGCUGAACGAGGGCCUAAUGACAAGUUACAGCGAACAAGGCCUGUUCCAAUAUGAAAUGCAAACAGAUGUGGUGGAAUCUGUCAUGAGGGACUAUAUCUUACUCAGUUGCUUCAAGAAAGAUUCCCAUAAGAUGGAGACAUUCCUCAAGCUUCUCAAAUGUAGACAAACUGACAUUUAUAACUGUUCAUGA